AUGGUUAUAAUUCUGGUCUUGCUAUUGGUGAAUGUAUUACACCCCAGUCACGAAAAGCCUCGUUCUUCUUUGGCGGUAAGGACAUCUACUCCGCAGAGUGUCGGUGCGCAGAGCUUUGACCCGAGGCAGCGCAGGGAUGCUGCGGGGCGCGGAGGAGUGUAUGAGCACCUUGGGGGAGCACCGAGACACAGAAAGCUGUACUGUGCCACAAAAUAUCACUUACAAAUACAUCCCAAUGGGAAAAUAGACGGGACCCUGGAGGAGCAUAACCCUUUCAGUAUAUUGGAGAUCACAGCAGUGGAUGUGGGAGUGGUGGUUAUUAAAGGACUGUUCUCUGGGAGAUAUCUGGCCAUGAACGAAAAAGGACGACUACAUGCAUCUGCUGCCUUCAACCAGGAGUGUGAGUUCAUGGAGCGGAUCCAUGAGUUAGGCUACAACACCUACGCCUCCCGCCACUACCCGACAACCCCACACUCCACCUCAACAGGAAGCAGCAGCAGGCGAAGGGCGAGUGCUGAGAGGCUGUGGUAUGUGUCAAUCAAUGGAAAGGGCCAGCCAAUGUGGGGACGGAAUACCCGAAAGACAAAGAAGGCCUCCCUCUUCCUGCCCAGGGUCCUGGGCCACAAGGACCAUGACAUGGUUCACCUGUUGAUCAAUAGUAGUCUGGGAUACAGGCAGACUGCCCUCAGACUCACGGGGAGGACAGCACAGAGGAGAUAGACACGUGUGUUCAUCUCCAGGGAGCUUUGAUGACCAGUCUCACUAGUCAGACUCAAGGCAAGAC